AUGCUACCACGUGCAUUGUGUGCUCCCGUGAGUGUAGAAUUAACGUCAGCGAAGGCUAUUGAAGCCAUCUAUCCCUCCGAUCGAAUGUUGAGUGAGUCCAAACUUGCUCGAUUACAGUUGGAUUCUGGUGGAUCAAAUGUUGUAAAAUCCUCCGAUGAAAAUAUUAAUUAUUUAAUGUUAUUUGAACCGUAUCAAGUGAGAGUGAAUGAAAAGGAGAGACGAUUGUAUUUUACAGAUGUGAGUGAGGGAUUUAUCUAUAUUUUGGAUUUAGAUACACGACAAGUUUUGAAGAGAAUGUUGGUGGAUGGUCUUCCAAGUUAUUUUGAUUAUUUUGAUGAUAAAUUUGUGUUGAGUACUGAUCGAGGAAUUGUACAAUGUAUUAAUAUGGAGAAUGGAAAGAUUAAUUGGACUACUGAAAUACCUGGAGCUAAUGGAGUUUCAUGUUCAAGCGACCAAAUUUAUGUGACUUGUAAAAAAACGAAUUCAAUUAAGGUUUUGAGUAAGAGGAGUGGAGAAGUAUUGUCAGUAAUUUCUGAGAGGGGAAGAAAAGAAGGUCAAUUAUUAUUCCCUCAUGAUUUAACUUUGGAUUUGGAGGAAAAUAUUAUUGUCUGUGAUUCUGGAAAUCAUCGAAUUCAAGCUUUCAAGAAGGAUGGCACUUUCUUAUACUCAAUUGGGAAACAGGGGAAAGAAAAUGGUUGUUUUGAAUCACCGAAAGGAAUUGCCUAUGAUAAGAAAACCAACAUGAUCCUUGUUUCAGAUACAAUGAAUAAUCGAAUUCAAUUAUUCGAUCACAAAAAGGCAUUUGUUAAGAGUUUCAAAGUGAAAAAUGAUGAUUUAGCAUUCAUGAGACCUGUAGGAUUGGCAAUCUCAUAUGGGUUGGGAGAACUCUUUGUUGCUGAUUUUGGAAAUCACAUGAUUCACAUCUUUGUCAAUUGGAGUAAGAAAGUUCACAAUAUUGAACAUUUACUUUCUCCAAAUUCGCCAUAUUCUGAUCUUGUCUUUAAAUUUGAAUCUACUCUUCCAUAACAAGACAUUGUAAACAAUUAAAUAAUAUAUUUAAAUAAU